AUGGAUUGCUGGACCUCCCUCAACCUCGCACUCCGCGAUCAGGAGGAUGAGACACGCCGCAACGGCGAGUCUGUCUUGCAGGCACCAAGCUCGGACAUGGAUGUUGCCCUCCUGAUUGCUUCUCGUGCCCGCAUGACGACGGAAAAGCGCAGUUCGCAGGCUCCUUGCCCACGCCUACAAGGCCCAGUAGCAGUGCAUAUCCUCCCAGCACUUCAGGCUCAAAGCAUCCCCAUGAAGAGUGUUUGCCUUGGAAAGAGCGUCCUCGAGACUGAGCGUUUGCCAAAGCACGCGCGCAUCGUGCGUCCGCCCUCCUUCAGUCAAGUAUCUCCGGUAGUUCAGGAACGACGCCGCAGAUGA